AUGGAGAGAGCCCUAACUCUGAUACGACGACAUUUAGUUACUCGCAAAAUAUUUGGAUCUUUAGCCAUUCUUUUUAUGAUAAUUCCGAUUUGUUUUGCGACUCCAUUGUUGAUUCCAGGCUUUCAAGUCUCUGUCUUUCCCUACCGAUAUUUAUGUGCUAUUGGAAGUGGUUCUCCAGUGCUAUAUUCUCUUGCACAAUUGCUUGUAUAUGGGGGUUGCAUUUUUGUUCUCCUCAUAUGCUUCGGGUCCAUAAUUAAACAAAAACGAAUUGUUCGUUCACUCCCAGCAAAACCAGAACAAUACGGAGCUUUUAUUUUGGAAAACCGAAUUUUGGAUGAACACAUGCAAUUGAGUAGACUGUUCUUUUGGUUGGUAUUUGAAUAUGCAGUCAUUCAGGGACCUUAUAUUUGCUUGGAUUUUUUUGUUCAGAUCCGCAACAGCAUUGAAGUUCAACAAAGUUUUGCACAAUUUACAGGCUCUACAACCUCCAAAGAUGUAGAUACACUUGUUACCAUCAUUAAAAUCUUCCAUCCUUUGAUUGUGCCAACUAUGAUUCUCGUUUCCUGUAAUAAUAUUUGGACACAAUUAGUGGAUAAAAUAUGUUGCCGCUUUAAUAAAUCUGUUGUGGGGGCUUUUAAUUCAAUGGCUGUUGGAGGGGCGAAUAACAACAACCCUUCUUUUGCACAACUAUUAAGUGGGGCAAAUGGAAAUGCUAAUAAUAAUGACUUUGCCAACAAUCCCCAUGUCAUGACUCUUUACGCUACUCCAAACGGUGAUUUACAGUUGCGCCUACCGAAUGCCACAGUAAUAACCCAACCACCUGCCCAAAUGGUUCAAAGCAUUAGAAAUAAUGAAGAAAAUGAAGAAUUUAAUGAAAGGAUUAUUUACAGAAAAAAUAAAAAUAUUUUUCAACAUCCAUCAACACAAAUAUGUACUGAUACAGAAUGUUCGAGUAGCGAUUGCAACGUAUAUAAUAAUGGAAAUAAUUUAAUUAAAAAUGGAAAAAAUAAUAAAGGAAAAAAUUCAAAUUUUGGAAAAAUUAAUGAAGAGGAGGAAGGUGAAGAAAUUAACAAGAAAAAAUUAACGGCUAAUCAAAACAAGAUUACUUUGAAGAACAAAGAAAGUACAACGAAAAUUCCUAAAAGGCAACCUUCUGCUAGAAGAAAACCUUUACAACAACAAAAAAGAAUUGUUGUCACUAAACGGCAACAAUUGACAAAUUAUUAA